UGACGUGGACGGCUGUGUUAAUAAAGGACCUACGCAAUAUCUGGUGACAGUGAUACCGAAAGUACAUCACGUGACUGUCAUAUUGACCUGUUUAUCAACUGGCCGACACAAGACGAGGUCGAGAAACGAAUGGCCACCACAAGAGACAAUGGAGCAGUGGCUUUAACUGGAUUUGUCAACAACUGGCAGGCCGGAAAGACAUUACCACAAUGUAAUCGACACAUGCUUGAUACGGAAGACAACUCUGACGUCAUAUUCCGUGCUGAAAAUGAAGAUAUUUCAAUCAACGCCCACCGCUACGUCCUCGUCAGCAGGAGUUGUGUGCUGCAUGCCAUUUUGUCUGAUCCCCUAGCGGUGAAAUCUGAUGUUACCAUGCCUGCAGAUAACAGUGAUACUUUCAAACAGUUUCUUAUAUAUUUGUACACAGACAGCACCUCCAUGGACACAGACAAUGCCAAGUCCCUUCUCGACCUCAGUCGGAAGUAUUCUGUCACCAAACUUGAAAACAUGUGUUUAGAGUUCCUCGAUACAGGGCAAACAGCAACGACCAACGUGCCCCAUGAACACAUGACUUCCGGCGACAACUGGCAAGCUGGGAUGAGUCUUGCUGAAUGUAACAUGCGCAUGCUCAAUACAGAAGAUGGAUGUGACGUCACUUUCUUGGUUGGAAGCGAGCGUCAUAUGAUCAAAGCCCACCGUUACAUGCUCAUCAGCAGAAGCUGCGUAUUCGAUGCCAUGUUUGCUGAUGAUGUGGCGAAGUCAUCCGACGUCAGUGUUCCAGACAUGACACCGAACCACUUCCAGCAAUUCUUAAUAUACCUCUACACAGAUGACACAUCACUGGACUCUGACAACGCCACCGUGUUACUGCAUGCGGCCAGGAAAUACGCCGUCACUCUCUUGGAGGACAAGUGCCUACAGUUUCUACAACUAAACCUCAGUGUUGACAACGCAUGUGGUGUUCUAGAUAUAGCAUAUCGGUACGAAUAUGAAGAAUUGUUUGAAGCGGCUCUGGUGUUUGUUAAAGGUCAAGGUCAGAGGUGUCUCCAGUCGCAGGGAUUCCUGAUGCUCAGCAAGGAGCUCGUAGAUCAGAUAAUCCUCUCCUCUGAUCUCAUCGCGUUCAACCAUGUGGUGUUGAACGCCCUAUAUCGGUGGUCGGAGUAUGAAUGUCGGCGUCAGGGAAGGGAGAUAACUCCGGAAUCAAAGAAAGCCGUUCUAGGUAGGACCUUGGAGAAGAUGACGUGCUACCUAGAUUCUUCUUUAGUUCAAGAACUGAGAGCCGCGAACAUGCUUUAUCACGUUCAGGGUGAAGAGUACAGAUUUAGAUCCCAAGGAAUCAAAGCUGAUCUUUUGUCGCAGUUCGACUGUAUAAACAUUCUAGAAACUAUCUCUUCGGGAAAUCAGGGUACGAUGAGUGACGAAGUGCCUGAAAAGACAGCUGACGUGUCAACGUCAAGUUAUCAAACGUCAGAAAGACGUUAUGAAACAACACGUAACUGCUACACCUACUACGGUCUUUCAGAUGCUAUUUUAUUCCGGUGCAAUAAGAAAAUCAACCUCCAUGGAUUUCAGUUGUAUGGUCCCCUUAGAGGCUCAGCGAACUAUGACGUCAUAACGAAUAUCCUCGAUAGCAACAUCUCAAUCCCUUCUUCCGUGUUGGACAGCUCCUACACCGUGGACGACGACGACGAGGUGUUCGAUGUGAUGUACAACGCUACCGUGGCUAUCAAGGCUGGGGUGUGGUACACCCUGGUGGCUAAGAUUCUCGGACCAGAUUCGAGAGCUGGGUACGGGGGUAAUAUUCAGAUCUGUUGCCCUGAUGGUGUCGUAUUGGACUUCCGGAACUCGGAGAGAAGUAAAAACGGUACGAGCGUGACUGUUGGUCAAAUGCCGGCGUUUGUGUAUAGCCUCAGAUAGGGCUGGAAUAUUGUCGUUCCUAGAUCUGUUGACUGUUGACAAAUGAUGUGAUGUUUGAUAGAAUGAGAUGAAGACUUUAUUGACUUUUAACGAAAAAACACAGGGCGCCGCCACUGAUACCCGCUCGCACGAGGUCAAUUUCCAAAACGAGACUCUGACCUCUGACCGAAGCAUACAAUACUAAACCUUAAUUGCAUGUCCACUACAGCUUGGACCAUACACCUGUGUUCCUAUACUAGUGUGUUUAUUUAUUGUUGAACGCCGCUCUCGGCACUGUUCCAGCUAUGACGGCGGUAUGUAAAUAAUCUGGACCAGAAAAUGCAAACUGGUUUCGGUCAACGUUUUUACCGAUUGCCAGUCGUCUACGAAUCCAGAGUCAGGGCUCUGGGGCGAGGACGACAGUUUCACUUCCGACAUGGCCAAAUCUGGGAAAACAAAAUAAUUCAAACAGAUUAAUUUGCAAUUGAACACAUGGAUUGGAUUAUUGUAGUGAUGUGAAAUUGGGUUUAACGUCGCGUUCAAGAUUAUUGCACACAUGAAUAUGGAUCUGCCACAUAUAUAUAGCUUCAACAAUGAACUGUCUAUAAAACUGCAGUUGUAUAUACAGGGCAAAAUGUAGAACUCUUAAAGUUUAUAAAUUAAUCAGUUCCCAUAUUAUAUAGGCGGUUUGUUUGUCGUUUAACGCUACACUCAGCAAUAUUCAAGGUAGAUGACGGCGGUCUGUAAGUAAUGGAGUCUGGACCAAACAAAUACAAAAUACAAAUUCCAGAAUGUUGAGAUCUCAUUGGUUCAUGAUAUGGUUCUCACUGGAUCUUCAUAACAAACUACGUACCCCACAUUGACAGAAAUCGUUUGUUUCACUGUCCACUCAGACACAAACAUGUUCAUAGACUUUACUUAUCAGUUAGUAUUUUUUUUCAAGGUGGCCUUGAACGUCACUAAAUAAAGGUUAAGUAGCAAUCAGAUAUACUUUCAUUCUCAGCUUCCUGUAUAAGAGAUAUACUAUUCGGCAUACAGCGACAACACAUUAAUAAACACAAAGAAUGUUAAACCUCGGUCGAAAUAGAGCCUGCAACCUCUUGAAUUGUAGUCUUUUGCGGAAGGUUUAAUUAACCCAUAUUGUUUUGAAAGUUAAACUGAUUGAGACACUGAAUUAUUUACAUAUAUUAGGUAAUAUAUUUCGACGUAGGGUCACUGUUAAUGACAUUGCCUGUGCACCUCUCUGAAUAUGAAAUGUCUUCGUUUCUGUUCAAUGGUGUUCUUCAGAUACAGCAGCAAUACAUCACCUAGACACUCAAAGUUUAAUAAAUAAAACAUCAAAACACAUUUGAAGUAACGCAUAGUUUAAUAGAUAAUAGUUUUAACUGUUCAAAUGUCCAAAAA